AUGCAUGAUGUACUUACAGUAUCAGUUAAAGAAGAAAUAGACUGUUCCAAAGACUGCAACAGCCUUGCCAAAUGCGCCCUAUGCAGUGGGGACCGCACCGCCAACUUUAAGGGAUGUCCAGUAUACAAGGCAGCUUCUCAAAAACCUGCACCAAAAAUUCCUCCAACUAAGCGCCCUGAAUUCAAAGCUCACUCCACAACAAAAUCUUACGCAGAAGCCACCAAACAACAACAAAACACACAUACAGAAAAAUUCACCGACACCUGUUCCAUGUUUAUAUCUAAUUUAAGCUCAUUAAUCAAUCCUCUUAUCUCCCUACUCUCCACAGUACUAAAUACUCUCAUUUCCAAAGGCAAUAUUUCCCCAUAA